GGGAAAAAAAAAGAAAGGGCUGCUGGGUCCUCUGCUCACUCCCAGUGGGAUCUCUCAUUCAGCCAAGGCUUUGGACAGGGUGGCUACACAUGACUGGAGUUUACCUUUCUCGGCCUCCUCUUCUGGCUCCUGGCACCACCACCAUCACUACUUUAGGGCUCUUCAGUGCUGUCGAGCAGCUUUUGUUUCUGGUUUUGAAUUUUUCCCAGUUUUUCUCAGGAGAAGGGUUGGUCUGAAGAAGCUUCAUCUGCUAUUUCAUUGUGUCAGUUGUGAUGGCAGAAAAUAUUUCAUGGAGAGGCAUGACUGUCCUUUGCUCUCAGUAUUUCUCUGCUGAGGGGCAGUUAACUUGUUCCCUGCCCCCCCCUUUUUUUUGUGAUGGAUGAUGUGAUGCUUGGCAAGCAUAAGUGUUCUCAGAGUGUGGAGGGGAGGGGCUGGGCUUGGCCUUGGCAGUGAGCGGGGGCACUCACCUCUUCAUCUCCCUAUGCGUGUGCUCCCCCAUAGGUGGUGAGUGGCUGUCUGCAUGGCACAGUGAGUGUGUGGGAGAUCAUGACGGGCAGGAAAAUAAUGGAGUUCUCUGUGUCUGGUGCCCAGCAAGUGGAGCUGACAGCCAUGACCCUGGAUGAAUCAGAGCGGUGUCUGCUCACAGGUUUGCAUGAUGGCACGAUGAAGAUGUGGAACUACAACACUGGCGAAUGCCUGAUAACCUUUCCCAACCCAGACCAAAUGGAGGUUACUGGAAUUGCCCAUAUGAACAAAGUAUACUAUAUGACAGGGUGGAAUAAGAAAAUCACAAGUUUCAUGUUCCACAAGACCAAGCCGAUGCUCUUGUGCUACCAAUGGCAGACCUUCCAUAGGGAGGAUGUCCUGAGCAUGGCCAAGUACCAGAACCAGUGCCUUGAGACUUCGGCUUACAACAGUGACAUCAUCAUCUGGAAUGUCAACAUGUUGAAGCCCAUCUUGAACGUCAAUGCCUCCAAGAGCCCCUUGCCCUUGCCGCUCAAGAAGACACCUUUAAAAUCUCGAAGAUCCAGGGUGUCAAACAAGCUCUUUAGUAAACAGUCAAUUCACAAGAGGCUGAAAGAAAACAUGGGGAAUUCCAGAAGAAGAAGUUGGUGCAGUCCAAUGCAUCAGUGGAGAAGAUAAUCUUCCUACAGACCAGGCCUCGCCUGCCAUACACAGCUGCCAUGCUGAGCAGCUGCAACGACGGCUACAUCUACGCAUGGUCCAUCCACGGGAAUGGAGGCCUGUUAGGGAAGUUCCCUGUGGACCUUGACACCAGUGGGAAUGUUGUUGUGGGUGCCAUGGCCACUGAUGAAAAUGACUGGAUCCUCAUCACAGGGGACUGUAAAGGAAACAUCAAGGUGAGGAAAAACUGGCAUUAAGAAGGAUGGGCUUGGUCAAUCAAGCUGCUGACUACCUCUUGCUACAUGUGGCCCUGCCUUGUUCCUGUUCUCUCUGGGUACUGGAUGUGUUAUAAAACAGUGGGGAAGUAGGUAGGUUACUUGGUAGUCUUCUCCUGCUUGUGGCAUGCCCAGUGAAAUAAGUGUGGGAUCGUAUAAAAAAACUCUCAACAGGGAGUCCUGUGUUCCAUCAGUGUCCUCCUGCAACUCCUUUGGCCCCAGCCUCAUGUCUCAACUGGGAUCAGUUGUCUCAGAAACUGAGUUGUGCUUUAUCAUGAGACAUGAAGCAGGACUGUCUUAUCCUUGAGCCCAUCAUCCCCUCUAUGUGCUAACCAAGAGGUCUGGCUCAGAACACUCUAAGACCCUUUCUGGCCCCAAGUGGCUAUUUGUAGCAGAGGUAUAAGUAAAAUAAGAACUGCUGGGGCUGGAGAUGUGGCUCAAGUAGAAGAGCACCUGCUUUGCAAGCAUGAGGCCCUGAGCUCAAACACCAUGCUCACAAGAAAGAAAGAAGGAAAGGAGGGAGAGAGGGGAGGAUUGACAAGCACUCCUAAAGUGAAGAGGAGUAGUCAGGGAAGAGCCCACAAAGUGAGUUAGGGUUAGGGGUCAAGGGGUGCUAGAUCACUAACCCACACUUUGUGCCUAGAUCUGGGACAUCAAGGAUUACUGUGUAUUUAUUGGGCAGCGGCCAUCCCAACUCAGCGGGGUCAAGACCUUCAGUGAAACAGAGAACAAGUUCCAGGUCUUAAUUCCUAAGCAACGUCAGAUCAGCAUGCCAUACUACAUUCCCAUGCAGGAGAAGGAGGUAGGAAGAUUACUGGAGGGCUGCUCAGAAAAGUACUUUUGAACCCUACUAAGGAACUGGGACUAUGGUUCCCUUGUCAAGAUUAUGUAAUUCAUGUUUCCUGUUCACGUGUGUCUGGGUUAUAUGGAAAAAAUCUGUUAAUUAGAAGUCAUCAUUAGCCAGUAAGACAGAAGUAUACAUAUGCAUGUGCACACACACUCCUUUCCAUGUGCUUUGAUCUUUUCAGUGAGGACUCUGGAGUCAUGAAUUUUUUAAAAAGAAUAAUUAAAGUGUAUAUGUAUCUUCUUGAAUAGGUAAUACGUUUACAUGGCUCAAAAUCACUUGUUAUUUGCCUGAUGACUAAUGAAAUUGAGUACCUUUUCAUCAGUUUUCAGGAAAAAGCAAAUUGAAGCCACAAUGUGAUACCACUACACACUUACCAAAAUGAAACCAAAAAGACAAGCAAUACCAAACAUCGCAAGGAUUCAUAUCUGCUGGAAUGUUCCUGCUGGUAGGAAUGGAAAUUGGUGUAACCACCUUGGAGGAUUACUUAACAGUGGUUUCUAAAUGUGAAAGUAUGCCUCCCCUAUGAUCCCAAGAGAAGUCCAUGCACUAAAAGACAUGACUAAGAAUGCUGAUAGAAUUACUAUUUGUAAUAGCUCCACCCAAAUGCUCACCAACAAAACCUGUAGUAGUCAUACACUACAGAAUAAUAUCUGGCACCAGCUGUGAAUGAUCUACAUCUCCCCACUACAAGAUGAGUGAUUCUCCAAGCAACUGAAGCCAAAGAAGUCAGAAACAAGAGUAUACAGUGCAUGUUUUAUAGUUCCAUUUAUAUAAAGUACAAAAACAGACAAAACAAACUUACCUUCUUGAAGUUUUUGUUUGGUUGAAGGAGUGGAAUGGCUGGGAAGGAGGAGUCUUCUGGGGACUGGUGGUGCUGUUUUGUUAUCUGGGUGUGGUCGUAUAGUCAUGCUUAGUUUGUAAGAAUCUAUGUAGGGGUCCAUAUUCUAUAUGUGCACUUCUUUAUGUAUACAUUAUACAUAUGAAAGGUAAAAAAAUAUACAUAUGAAAGGUAAAAAAAAUGUAGGCAAUGUAGAAAGCCUUACGAAAAGUUCCACUGCCCUUCGCUCAAGUAAUCACUUUCAUUGGCUUUCUGGUUCCUCCAGUAUUAAUUUAUGCAAUGACAAAUGUGGAAAGCUAUUUCCCCUUAUUUUUACAUGAAGGUAUGUCAUACACACUGGCACUCUUCUUGCUUUUAUCACUCCAUAAUAUGACCAUUGCAUAUCAGUACAUUGUUUUUUCCAGCUGUGUAGUAAGCCAUAGGGUACGCUGUGUAUAAUUCCUUUUAAAGGGAAAUUGGCUUUUCUUCUCAGUCUUAAACAAAAGUGAAUAGCGAGUGUUAUUUUGCAUGUGUAUAAACAUAUCUGUAGGAUAUAUUCCUUGAAAAGGGUUCCAUGCAUUUGUAAUAUUUAGACACCUUGCAGUCUUAGAUGCCUUUUGAAUCUCUGAAGAGAACCAGUCACUCAUGGGUUCGGUACGUGAGGAAUUUAUAAUGUCAAUACAGUCAUUAUAGCAGCAACAUUUAUUUAUUGCUUGCUGUGUUUCAGAGGCUGUGAUGAGUGCUGUGUAUAUGCUCACUGAGUCUCCAGAAUGACUCUGUGAGGUGAUGUUACUUUUCAGAUGAGGAAGAUGGAACCGAAGAGUUGGAGGACCUAAGCUACAGUAGCUGCUUUAAGGAAAAAAAUCUGUUUUCCUUAAAUUUUUUUUCAUUAAUCUUAUUUUCAUUGAAAAAACCAUAGUUAUAUACACUUAUGGGGUAGAGUGUGAUAUUUCAGUAUGUGUAUACAAGGGAGAAUGAUUGAAUCAAGCUAAUUAACUAUGCAUCAGUUUGCUAAUUUUGUGGUAAGACAUUUGAAAUUUAUUCUUGGUUAUUUUGAAUUAUUAAUUUUAUUACUAACUCUGCUGUGCAAUAGAUCUCAAAACUUACUCCUGGCCAGAUGAAAUGACUUACGCCUAUAAUCCUAGCAACUCAGGAAGCAGAGAUUGGGAGGAUUGAGGUUUGAGGCUAGCCUGGGCAAAAUGUCUACAAGAC